GCGCUACGCUGCCUGGACCUUGUGAGGCAGGCAUUCACUGGGCAACAAACUUCAUGUUUUUCCAGUUGUAAGACCCUUUGCUGUGGUCGACUACUUGUUAGCUAGCUAGCUAAGCACUAACCACGUCUGUCAGCAUAAGUUGAAGUCAUCACAGAAGGACAAGGUUCGCCAGUUCAUGUCCUUCACGCAGGCAGGGGAGAGAACUGCGGUGUACUGCCUGACGCAGAAUGACUGGAAACUAGAGGUGGCAACAGACAACUACUUUCAAAACCCUGACCUCUACUACAAAGAAUCCAUGAAAACCUCAGUAGACCGUAAGAAGCUGGAACAGCUGUACAACCGCUACAAAGACCCUCAAGAUGAGAAUAAAAUUGGCAUCGAUGGGAUCCAACUGUUCUGCGAUGACCUCACACUGGACCCGGCAAGCAUGAGUGUUCUGGUGGUGGCGUGGAAGUUCCGGGCCGCCACGCAGUGCGAGUUCAGCCGGAAAGAGUUUCUGGACGGCAUGGCGGAGCUGGGGUGUGACAGUCCAGAGAAACUUAAGGCGCUCCUCCCCAGACUAGAGCAGGAGCUGAAAGACACAGGGAAGUUCAAAGACUUCUACCAGUUCACGUUCAACUUCGCCAAGAAUCCCGGCCAGAAGGGCUUAGAUUUAGAUAUGGCUGUAGCCUACUGGAACCUGGUUCUGACGGGACGCUUUAAGUUCUUAGACCUCUGGAACCGGUUUUUACUGGAGCAUCACAAGAGGUCGAUCCCCAAAGACACGUGGAACCUUCUCCUGGACUUUGGUAGCAUGAUCGCAGAUGACAUGUCAAACUACGACGAGGAAGGGGCGUGGCCUGUUCUUAUAGAUGACUUUGUGGAGUUUGCCCGACCAAUCGUGGCAGGGGGCAAGCGUAAAACCAUAUAGGCUCCGCCUAGCUCUCAGUAGGGGGCUUUUUGCAACUCAAUUUUUGACUUGAGAGGAUUUUUAUACACACACACGAGCCAAAAAGAGACUAAUCAUACCGUCCUGAGGUUGAGGGACUGUGCACCCAACGGGGUGAGGGUGCGGGGCCGGGGAGCGAGUCCAACCGCCAACUGGGGAAGAGGAGGAGGGGAAACAACAGCCGUGAAGAAGUCCUUUUUUUCCUUUUUUUUACAUUCUUUCUUUUCAUCGCCGUCGCCUGACGACCAGAGGAAGCGGAGGGGGUGUGCUCUGCUUCAGCAGGAUGGGUGUAUGGAGCUCCCGGCGUCCCCUACGAGCAGUUCAAUCAUCCAGCUUGAAAAGCGGCACCGUGCUUCUGCCUCCUCCCUGCUUCCUCCCUGAGCUCCCCCCCUCCCCACCCCCGCAGCGUCAGAUCAGGAGAUUCCCGGCACAGGCAGACUGAAGGCAGGCGGUGGUUCUGCAGACGCAGAGACCAGGGCCCGGGUGCCAAGUGGGACACGUGUAGCUCUCUGGUUGCUAGUGCUGAAUGAUAUAGGAUGUUAGAAUCUGCAUGUUUUGUUUUUUUGUUUGUGUAGCUGAUCAUUGAGCAGCGUGAAAGAAAAACAAACGAAACGAACGGAUCCAUUGUUUUCAUUGAACGGCAGCGUGUGUGCGUGUGCCCGUCUGUGUGAGGCUCUCACCCAAUCACAGGAGAGCAGCAGUGGGAUCGCAAUCCAUCGACCCAUCGCGUGUGUACAGUGCUAGCAACCGCUUUCAUUUCACUCUCAAGUACCCAUUCAGUUCUGUGUUGUAACGUUUGAAUAAGGGGUCGGCUCAGAUGAUACAAUCAUUGAGCUUCAGAGGACAAGUUCAGACUCACUUUUUUCAGAUUCAGAAUCGGAACAGAGCAGCAUGUUUUUCGAGCUCAGCACCAGCAGAUAAAGACUAUUGUUACAGUUGUAAGAUACUGUACCCAUAGUACUAUGUAUAAAUAUAGAGCUUUAGAGUAAUAUCAGAUAUCAAUACAAUAUCAGAGAAAAUACAUUUAUAACCCUGGAUAAGAAGAGGUGGGUAUUUGACACACAUUAUGAGAGCCUCAGUUUUAUAGCGACUUUCUGCGCUGGGUGAUUUUAUUUUUAUUUUAUUUUUUAUUUUUUUGGGGUGUUCACUGUUUAUAUGAGAGACAGUCUCCUUGACUGGUGUUUGAACCAUAUCCAGGUGAUUUGUUUUGUUCUUGCCAACUACCAACUGCACUGAUUGACACUUUUUUCUUUUUUUUAACAAUGCACAGCAAUCCAAGUUGAGUUUAUUCUGUUUACAAGAAGACUACAGUUUCUAGUUGCACCCUUCAAGAUGUUUUAAUGUAUAUUUUCACUAUCAGUUACUGCAGAUUUAGACCACAUUUUUUUAAACUGUUGGUUUUUCUUUUUGUUAAGUCAUGGAUGCGUACUAUUUGAGUGUAAACGUUGUGGGCAUGUGACUGGUGAAGACUGAGAAACCAUGUCUGUAUAGUCCUCUUAAAUAGACAACACACACUUUUGAACACCUCAAUGAAACAGAAUGAGUGGAUUACUGUGUGGCUAAUGUGUUACCGCAGAACUCAGGUAAGAGUAGUCGUCUCCUACUCAGUUUUCUGUGUCAGUGUUCAAAUGAUAGAAGUACCAUCACUGUUUCAACAACAAGUCUCAUCUUUGUUGUCGGAUACGCGUUGUGUCGGUGUUGACUGGGCUCUCAGCUGUGUCGCUUCUAACCAGAGAUACUCUGUUCUGAUUACUAGUUGGAGCUGGCUGUGUCCUGAUCACUGAGGACUUGAUCUGUUGGAGAUGAUGCAGACCCGCUGCUGAACUAUCUUAGCAGAGCAGAUGUCAUGCUUAACCCCACUGAGAGCAGACUGAGUUGAACAGGGUCAUUGAUAAACAAAUGUAGGCAUAUUUGGUUUCAUUUGUUUUUUUAUUGUGUGGAGGUUUAUCUCUAGGCUGUUAUAAGGUUGGGACUUAUAUAUGUUAUGAAAAUAUGAAAACAGUCUUGUUUUGACGACAUGGUGAACCUCACGGCAAGGGAAACAUUUGGGUUUGUAACCAAACUCAAAAGUUUAAAGUCGGCUUGAGUUUCACUUCCCCUGACAAGACUCUGUUCACCAAUCUCCUGUCGACGCGAUGUCGACACUACGUUUUCCCACAGACUGAAGCCAUGACGACAUGUCAUUGUUUUGUUUCUGGUCAGCCAUACUUCAUGUUCAUUGACAGAAGAACCUCUUUGGCUCUGGUUUAGUAGAGAUUAUAGUUUUUCUCUAUUUGAUGUUCUUCAUGUGGUACGCUAUGAGUUGCCCUGUGUGUUGGUCAUACUCAGCUCAUCAAAACAGUAUUACUUCCACUGUAAAACCAAGACAAUUUAAAGCAUUUUGUCCGAAUGCUGUUACGGAGACAUACCGUACAUUACUUUGUUUUAUUUUGGCAAAGGAAGGUUGUCAAUAAAGCAUGUUGUUUUUAACAAAGUGAA